GUAUUCUUCUCAUGGUUGGAAAUGGACACCAAGCCUAUUUGUCGGUGUGUGAAUCUGGUGUGACACGUCGCCUUAGCCAACGCAUAGCCAAUAUGUUGUGAAAUACCACCAAAAAUUCACAUCUUUUACAUUUAGCUGAGCUACGUGCUUCUCGAUAGAAACAAGCAGAGUUUUGAGCAUUUAAUUAGCUAAAUUCACACUGCCUACUGAGUCUUGAUGGAUCGAUGGAUGAUUCUGGUGCUAGGCCUGCUGGCAUUGCUAGCCGUGUGUCGAUCAGCGCCUGUUUUACCAGAGAAAGAAGAUUCAGAUGAAGAGGAGGUUGAUGAUUCGGAGCACACUGGCCUGACGUACGACAAAUACCUAAGGAGGGUGGUGAAGACGCUAGAGAAUGACCCGGUCAUGAAGCAGAAACUGGACGAACUCAGUCUGGAUGACCUCAAGACUGGUAAGAUCAUGGAGAUUAUGGAUGGUGUCUCAGACAAGAUGAGGGCCAGACUAGAUGAUUUGAAACGCACUGAAGUACAGAGGUUGAGGCAGGUUGCCAGACAGCGUUUCCAGCAAGCUAACAGCAGAAGGGCAACUCCUGAAGACCUCAAGGACAUGCAUGCCCAUUUAGACAUCCAUUACAAAGCCUUCGGAAGCCAGGAUCUCACCAAUCUACUGAAAAGGGCUACCGAGGAUCUUGACAAGGCAGACACAGAGCGCAAGGAGGAGUUCAAACGCUACGAGAUGCAGAAGGAGAUCGAGAGACGACAGAAGCUGAAGCAGAUGGACGAGGACAAGAGGAAAGCUGCGGAGAGAGAACACGAGGAGAGACGCAAGAAACUGAAGGAGAAACACAUGAAGCAUCCGGGGAGCAAGAAACAGUUGGAAGAUGUCUGGGAGGAGACAGACCACCUAGAAAAAGAGGAUUUCAACCCCAGGACCUUCUUCAAGCUUCACGACACCAACGGUGACGACACACUAGAUGCCUUUGAACUAGAGGCACUCUUUGUCAAACAGGUACGCAAGCAUUACGAGUCGUCCGACAAAGAACAUGUUGACCCCGUAGAAGUCCGAGAAGAAAUAUCCCGAAUGCGAGAGCAUGUCUUGAAUGAGAUCGACAAAAAUAAAGACAAGAUGGUGAGCAAGAGGGAGUUUCUGGAUGCGACACAGGCUGAAGAUUUUGACGAGGACAAAGGCUGGGAUGACUUGGAGGAUCAGGACAUCUACACGGAGGAUGAACUGGAGAAUUACGAGAAGAAUAUACAAGAUGAGAUGAGGAACCUCAAGAUGAGGAUGCAGCAGGAGCACGAUCAGUACAAGCAGAACAAACAGGGACAACCUGGAGACCCAGUCGUCAUGAGUCAGGGCCAAGUUAAGCUCGAUCCCAAACAGUUAGCUGAAAAUGCUAUCCAAGAUGCAGCCGAUAGGGAAGCGGAAAAAUUCCACGAGACCAACGAGCAAAUGAAAAACCUCGUGGAUGGAGUAGCAAAGCAAGUGCUCGAAGCCCAGAAACAACAGCAAGACAAUAUACAACAACAACAACAACAACAGCAGCAGCAGCAACAGCAACAACCGCCGCAGCAGCAACAAGCACAGUUAGAUGCCCAGAAACUAGCCCAACAAGCCCAACUCAAAGCCCAGCAAGAGCAAGCCCAGAGAGCCCAACAACAAGCCCAAUUGACGGCGCAACAAGAAGCCCAAUUGAAAGCACAGCAAGAAUCCCAACAACGAGCACAACAGCAAGCAGCUCAACAGGAAGCCGCCCAACAACAAGCAGCUCAACAGCAGGCAGCCCAACAACAAGCAGCUCAACAUCAGGCAGCCCAACAACAAGCAGCUCAACAGCAAGCUCAAAUAAAGGCCCAGCAAGAAGCCCAACAGAGAGCACAACAAGAAGCCCAACAGAAAGCCCAACAAGAAGCCCAACAGCAAGCCCAGUUGAAAGCUCAGCAAGAGGCCCAACAGAGAGCCCAACAAGCCCAGCAACAGCAACCACCUCAGCAGGCCCAACAGCAAGCCCAACAGCAGCAGCCACCACAGCAGGCCCAACAACAAGCGCAACAGCAGGCCCAACAACAAGCCAACCAGCAGCAACCACCUCUAAACGCAGCCCAACAAACCCAACAAGCUGCCCGAGAUCAAGUCAAACAAGCGCAGCUACAAGCCCAGCAGCAAGCCCAGCAACAAGCCCAACAACAAGCCCAACAUGCCCAAAUCAGAGCCCAACAAGCACAACAGCAAGCCCAACAACAAGCUCAGCCGGGUGCCCCAGCCCCAGUUGGCGGCAACUCACCAGGAUCCCAAUAAUUCAAAACCCCUUUCCCCAAACAUUCCAGGACCUUUCUUUCUUUUGGUGGAAGUAUCUCAAACGUAAAGAACUUAUUUUUGUAAUUGUGGCAAUGUUUAUGUCGGGGAAGGCUCAAUAUUGACUCUCUCAAGAUUUUGCGGGCCUUCUUCA